AUGGAUGCAUGGGCCCUCAUAAUGGUACUCGUCCUCAUGAUGUUUGUGAUAGCAGGGCUAGUAACCUACUUUGGCUACCAUCAGUACAAGCGGCAGUUCUUCCCGAGCUAUGACGAGGAACGCAUGCAACAUACUAAAGAAAACGAACAAGCCAAAAGCGAAAGUUUCGAACUCCGGGAAAUUGGGCAUCCGAAAAGUGUACAUCCCAGCAGUCGGUCAUAUGAGCAUCUUCACGCUGUACAGGUGAACAUGACGCCAAUAGCAAAUCCAAUAGCACCUCGCGUAGAUAUUGAACACCAGGUUGGAGAAGGCCUAAUCGCCCCAUCGGAGCGAGUAUUCAUGACGGCCGAGGUGGUAGACGAGAAUAACCGUGGAAGACAUAAUACUGUCAAGCAUGCCCAAGAUCAGCGGAUGCACGGUGCACUUGGAGCAGGCACAAUGCGCAAUGUCAACCCAGUGAACCCAGUAGAUGUUGAUUAUGCCGCUGAAGAACCAAUCGCUUCAGAUAUCUGGAACAAGAUUAACAAUCGCGAAGUACGAGUUCCUCGGCGCAAGCCCCUGCAGAAGACGGCCGUACAGAAGGUUGCGACAAUUCGCGCUGUAACACCUGACGCUGCAUAG